AUGUCUGCCAAUUAUUACUUUGUUAUUGUUGGAACUGCAGAUAACCCAUUGUUUGAAAUAGAAUUUAAUGGCUCCAAUAAAGAAUCUAAGAAAGAAGAUCAUGCUCAUCUUAGUCAAUUUAUAGCUCACGCAGCAUUAGACCUAGUUGAUGAGCAUAAAUGGAAAACAACAAACAUGCAUUUAAAAGUUAUUGACAAAUUUAAUCAGUGGUUUGUCAGUGCAUUUGUCACAGCGACGCAAAUAAAAUUCCUUAUGGUACAUGACACUAAAAAUGAAGAUGGUAUUAAAAAUUUUUUUAAUGAAAUGUACGAAAUUUAUAUUAAGUAUUCGAUGAAUCCAUUUUAUAGAAUAAAUACUCCAAUAAAUUCUGUUGGAUUUGAAAAAAAGGCACAACUUUACGGAAGAAAAUAUCUGUCUUCAUAA